AUGAGAGAAAAAUUUGGUUACAAAGGACAAAACAUUAAUUUCAUAGAAUUUGAAAACAAAGAAAAAGAGUAUUACCAACAACAAUUACAGAAUUUUUCUGAAAAUAAAGCUAAUUUCCGAGAUGCGGCGAACGAGGAAUUUCGCUUUAAGUUAAGUGGCAAAGAACGGUCAGGAGAUGUUCAUUUUAGAAAUAAGGAACCUGAUAAGUAUCUUGGUGAUAAAGGAAGCCAGGAAGAAUACGUAGUUAAUUUUAAAGAUAUACAAUAUAAACAUAAGUGGUUUGGUAAAAAAGUGAUAAGGAAAGUUGGUGAAGAAGUUCCAACGUCAGACCAAGAAAACAAAACUUUAAAAGAACUUCGUCAGCAAGCCAAAGAAGCCAUUAAUAGUGCUUUACAAACAGAGCCAGUAAUUUCCAGUGGUGAAUUGAGUGAUA